AUGACUGAUACUAACUACCACUUUGGAUUGGAUGCUGAUUUGGCUGCCAAGAGAGAGGCUCUCUACGACAGCAACCUCGAGAAGGACAGCAUUGCAUACAUCGAGUCCACCCUUGGUGAGCCACUCCCAGCUGGCAAGUCCUUUGCUGAGGCCCUGAAGUCUGGUGUCAUUCUCUGCAAGUUUGCCAACAAGAUUAAGCCAGGUUCAUGCAAGAGCUCCCCAUCUGCUGCUCCAUUCGUCCAGAUGGAGAACAUUGGAAACUACCUCGCUUUCUGCAGAGGUCUUGGUAUGGCCACCACCGACCUUUUCAUGACUGUUGACCUCUUUGAGGCCAAGAACUUGAACCAAGUCAUCCAGAACAUCCAGGCCGUUAAGAGACUCGUUUCCGGAGGUGGCAAGCCAAGCGCUGUCCCAGCCAGACCACAAGUCCCAAUCAGCACUGGUCCAACCCCAGGUUUCUGUGGAUCAUGUGGCACCAAGGCCACCGCUGGCGCCAAGUUCUGUGGAUCAUGCGGAGGAAACCUC